AUGCCUUCGUUCACUGUCCCCUCCAGUCUGCUGGAGAUGACGAGAGUCUUCCGGGAGAUGAAACCGCCGGUGCCCGAUGCGCCGUGGUCGUUCAUCGUCUGGCAGAAGCAUACGGGGUUCACUCGCGCUCCCUGGGCUGAAGAUUGGCCGGACGACGAGAAGCAUCCCUUCAAGUGGGACAAGACUGCUCGGGCACAGGUGAAGGCGUUCGUGGAUGCGUUCUGCUCGAUGCCACUCGCCUCGAAGCGCCAGGAGUUCACGAAGACCCGGAUGACGGACACUCAUGCUACAGGCCGGGCGACGUGGACGGUAGCGAUCAGAGCUGGGUUGAAGGCGUGGAAGAUCAACGCCAUCGUUGGAAAGGUGUUGAAGGAGAAUGAGAGAGACCGGGCGUCGCUGCUUCGGCGUCAUGGAGAACGAACGCUGCCAGACAUGGGGGCGGCGAUGUUGGACGACACUCGACAAGAGCUGGCUGAGGCAUUGUGGGGUACCGACAUCUGCACGAAGCAGUCGAACUACACGAUCAUGCAUACGAGCGUCAUUGGAGUUGCCAACAUCAUCCUGGCGGCGGCGUGGAACACGAUGUCAAAGGCGGUCAAUAAGGAUGUGAAGGAUUUGGAGGAGAUCAAGGCAAAGGUGAAGAUGUCAUUUGGAGAGCUGGAUGCAGGGGAGGUGACGGCGGCGAAGUUGAAGCAGUACUUGAGGGACAGCUCGAAGCUGAUGCGGCUGUACAAGAUGUUCGGCGACGAGGCGGCUGAGAAGGAGUUGGAGGAGCAGCGGGAGCGAUUGAGCCAGAUUCGGGCGUGCUUGGGAGUGGAUGAAGAGGGGAAGUCGACAGGAACUAUGAGCAAGGCGUUGCGGGAGGCGUUGUUGAGGCUGGCUGGGGACCACGACAUCGCUGAGGUGGAGCGGGAGCUGGAGGUCCAGUUGGAUGUUCUGGAUGGAGAGGGGGCGGGAGUGCCGAUGAUGAAUGUGGACGAGUCGGUGGUGAUCGAAUGGGAGUCGGGGACGGAGGACUACCAGGGCUGGAGCGAGAGGGACGUGCGGAAUGCACUGGGCCUGGAGGAGGAGGGGUUCCCGUCCUUCAACGAAUUCAUCGACGAGAAUGGGGUCAAGACACCGUGGACGGAUGCAGCGUGGUUCGCGCGUCCUUACGUCGAGGGCGAGAACGACGGUCGGGUGAAGUUGUCACCAAAGUGGCACCAGCUGAUUGGGAUCUUCAAGAUGCUGAAGAAUGCAUUCGAGGGACGUCCGCUAAUGUUGAUGGAUGAGGUUGGCCUUGGGAAGACGUUGCAGGUUAUAGGGGUUAUGGCGAUGCUGGCGCACUACCGUUCCUUCUACGCCAAACGCAACGAGUAUCCUGGGUGGUUUCGAGGCAAGACGUUUGCGGGGAACGCUGAGAUCCCCGACCUGGGACAUGUUCUGGUGGUGCCGUUCUCGUUGCGUGCGCAGGGGCGACCGGAGUUCUGGACGAAGUUUUGGGACUUCUCGAAGCUCCCUCAGAUUCGACGACUGGUCAUUGCGACGGCGACGGCUGUGAGUUCGGAUGGCCGAGAGCUGGGCUUCAGUGGGAAGCAGCCGAUGGGUCCGAUCAAUAUCGUUGGAGCGAAUCCGGCAGCGUUGAUCUUCACAAAGCGGUUCCUGGUUGGGGCGUGGGACGAGAUCCACCAGAACCGGAAUAUCAAGACGGCGUUCUUCGCGGCGAAGAAGCUGAGAGAGUGUUGCACGUUCUACGUUGGGAUGUCUGCGACUCCAGUGCAGACGAAGCCACAGGACCUGUGGCAUGUAGCGUUGAUCUUGGGUGUCCCAGGUUUCGACGGCGAAACGGAGUACAAGGACAUGGGACGAGAAGUGAAUCGCGCUGCUCGGAAGGAUCGACAGCAACGUCGACUGGCAGAGGCGUUAGAAGCGGUGAAGAAAUUCUCUCACGGAGAGGACGGGCAAGGUCAGUCGGAGCUGGCGCUGGUGAGUGGGAAGUGGAUCAUGGUGAUGCGGAAGCGGUUCGCGGGAAUGGUGGUUCGCCGGACGAUCCACUCUGAGGACAACAACAAGAAACCGAUUAUUGGCCUGCCUCCCUACGAGCAUCACAAGUUGCUGCUGGUGUUGCCUGCCGAUGAGAUGGAGAAGGUCGAGGCGAUCAUGGAAGGUGUGCAGAAGGAGGUCGAGAAUGGGAAGAGUCUUCGGGCGUACGGGGAGCAAUUUUAUCUGGCGUUGCGUAGAGGCCUGACCCAUCCUGACCUGCCCUCCAUGGGCGGCACCCUGAAGUUCUCGACGAUAGAGGAAUUCAACGAGAAUCCUUCGACAAAGCUGAGGUUCUUGGUGAGGAUCUUGCAAUGGCACCUUGAGGUGGACAAUCGCUUGCCUCUUCUCGUCAACGAGCACGGUGAGCUCGUCAACCCUCAAGGACCUCCGGGAGUCUGCGUCAAUGGUCUUCCCGACAAGAUCAUCGUCUACUCUGCCUUCAUCGAGAACAACACGGUCAUCUCCCAGCUCUUCGACGCAUUCGGUAUCAAGCAUUUGAUGAUCAAUGGCUCACAGGCUCUGACGACAAGGACGGACACGAUCAACAAGUUCCGCAGCGGUGAGCGUGAUGACUCUCGUGUCAUGCUCAUUACGAAGGUUGGUGCGACUGGACUUAACAUGGCUUUUGCCAACAUCCUGGUCUGCCUGGACACCAUGUGGUCGCAGCAAGAGGACAACCAACUGAUCGGUCGAGUCUGGAGGCAACCACAGCCCAAGACCGUCCACGUCUAUCGUCUCAUCGCACAAGGCACUCCCGACGUCUUCUUGAAUGAGAUCGCGUUCACGAAGGGGAUGAUGCUGGAGAGCUUCUCCUCUGCCAGCGAGAAGAUGAAGGAGUGGUUCGAUCCCCUUCGCGACGACGACAUCAGCGACUUCCACAAGGAUGGAGAUGAUGACACCGACAUCAGCUCUACGACGUCGGGUUCUGUGGUGACGGUGACUGAGAAGUCUUCGACGCUGCUGACAUCGACAUCGACUGUCGUCCCCCGUGGUGUUUCACUGGCUCUCCCUCCUUCGGCUGCUUCUGCCCCCACUCGCGUCACUCAAUCCGUGCCUCCCUCGACUCGUCCUGCUCCUCGUCCUCGGCGGCGAAGGCAACCCAAACCUGUCGCUGCAGCAGAACCACCUUCAGCUGCUGUCGAGCCCGACGUCUCUGCUCGUCGCACUCCCGCUCCCCCCCUCUCGCAGACUACGUCUCUGGAGCCAGAGACGACCACCGGUCCGAGCUCGGUCUCUCCCAUCUUCGACGAGCUCACUCUCGAUUCUGAUGCACAUGCAUCUCGCACUGCCGCUGAAGCCUCUGGAGCUUCCGAGCCUGGUCCUUCUCCAUCGCCUGAGCCCGAGUCUGAACCACCCCGCUCGUCGAAGGACGCAGCAGAAGAUGUCGGUGGUGAUCGCGUGGAGAUGGACGUCGACCUGACAGGUGGGGCCUUCGACGACGAGGAGAUGAACCAGGAGACGAGUGGUUAUGAGCAGGACGCGGAACGCAACUCGGAUGAGGACUCUUCGGAGGACUCCUCUUCUUCAGAGGAUUCCUCAGAGGAAGAAGAGAAGCAGAUGGAUGUCGAUCCCCCUGUCCUCCCUUUGCCACCUUCGUCUGCCCUGCCAGAACUCACGCCGUCGGUCGCCUCAUCGCGUGCAGUGACUCCUGAGCCAACGGACAAGGCUCUGGGGAAACGUCCUGCCCCGAACUCCCCUCCCGUCGCCAGCUCGUCGAAGCGCACCAGGCAGCAGCCGCAGCCACCAAGGCGAAUGCUCCCUCCGCGUCAGACCAAGUUCCGCACCGUCAACUAUGCCCUCGACAACCUGCCUUCCAGUGACGAUAUCGGUGGAACGACCACGCAUCGCAAGAAAGGCGACGAUGACGAGUACAGGGAGUCCAGCGAGGAGGACAUCGCUGUGCCGAAGAAGGGGCUGAGCAUUAGCGGCAAGGGCGUCGGUGGAGGCAGACCCAAGCACUGA